CUUUAUCCACUCAACAAAUCCAAAAGAACAGUCUUUCACUCUGAGCUUCGACUCUCACAUGCACUCCCUCCUCAGUCACUCUCACAGCAAUGCAAGUCCUCCAAACCCCUCACCAAUUCUUCACCUUCCCUAAAACCUUAAACCCUAACCCCAAACCCCACCCCAAGCAGCUCCACCACCACCUCCAAUGGCGUCCCCUUAGCUUCUCCAAACCCAAGGCCUUCAGCUCAGACGAGUUCCCAGUCGACGAGACCUUCCUCGAGAACUUCGGCCCAAAAGACAAAGAAACCGAAGACGAAGCCCGAAAGCGCAACUGGGUCGAGCGCGGGUGGGCCCCAUGGGAGGAGGUCCUCACGCCCGAGGCCGAUUUCGCGCGAAAAAGCUUGAACGAAGGCGAAGAAGUCGCUCUCCAAUCCCCAGAGGCCAUCGAAGCCUUCAAAAUGCUCAGACCGAGUUACCGCAAGAAGAAAAUGGAGGAAAUGGGCCUAACCGAAGACGACUAUUAUCGCAAACAGUUCGAGAUCAAAGGCAACAUACCGGAGCCGUUGAAGACGGUUUGGGCCGCCCCGCUGGUCGUCCGACACGUGCCACCGAGGGAUUGGCCGCCGAGGGAUUGGGAGGUUGAUAAGAAGGAGCUAGAGUAUAUAAGAGAAGCGCAUAAGUUGCAGACAGUGAGGGUUGGAUUGGAUGAAUUGGAGAGAGAGGCGACGACGGAGACUGAUGAUUUGUGUUUGGAUAGAUAUAAGGUGUUCUUGAAGCAGUACAAGGAAUGGGUCGCUGCGAAUAAGGAUCGAUUGGAAGAGGAGUCGUAUAAGUAUGACCAAGAUUACCAUCCGGGUAGGAGGAAGAGAGGCAAGGACUACAAAGAGGGCAUGUAUGAACUUCCAUUUUAUUACCCCGGACAGAUUUGUGAAGGAAAAGUGACAGCUACACAUCUAUAUCAAGGAGCAUUUGUGGACAUUGGAGGUGUAUAUGAUGGGUGGGUCCCUAUAAAAAAUAAUGAUUGGUACUGGAUCCGUCAUCACAUAAAAGUUGGUAUGCCUGUCAUUGUUGAAAUUCUGGCAAAGCGAGAUCCAUACCGUUUUCGGUUUCCUAUUGAAAUGCGUUUUGUCUAUCCUAACAUAGACCACUUGAUAUUCAACAGAUUUGACUUUUCGCCAAUAUUUCAUCGUGAUGAGGAUACUAAUCCAGAUGAAUUGCGGCGUGAUUGUGGAAGACCUCCUGUACCCAGGAAGGAUCCAAAAGACAAACCAGUAGAGGAACCUUUAUUGUCAAAUCACCCUUAUGUUGAUAAGUUGUGGCAGAUACAUGUUGCUGAACAGAUGAUUUUGAAUGAUUUGGAGGCUAAUCCCGAGAAAUACAAAGGCAAAAAACUAUCAGAGUUGACUGAUACUGAAGAGUUCAAUGAAGAAAAUAGUGUUGAAUAUACAAAAGCCUAUUAUAAGAAAACCUUGAUACCAAAAGUGAUUCUGAAAACCAGCGUUAAAGAACUUGACUUGGAGGCUGCCUUUGCUGAGCGCGAGCUACGCAACAGACUAAGAAGGGAAGCAAAAGAGAGAGGAGAGGAAUACAAAGUUACUAAUAUGAGACGUAAUGAUGAAAUGGAUGAGUAUGACUUUUUACAUUGGCGCAGAUCCUUUGAGGAAAGAGAAGCUCUGAUCAGAGACAUAAGCUGCCGCAAAGCUCUUGGUCUACCACUUGAAGAGCCAGGAAGGUAUGUGGAAUCCAGUUACUUUGGGAAGGAUCAAUAUGACCCGGCAAACCCUCUGUAUCGGUAUGACUACUGGGGAGAACCAAAGAACUCAGAGAAGAGCAAGCAAGAGCGGCUGACAGAUGCUCAUAACAAAGCUAUUGUGGGAAAGAGCACUGUUUGGUAUGAAAUGUCAUAUGACGAUUGCAUCAAGCAACGAAUGCAAAGAGAAGCUAAGGGAAUAAAACCAAGAGAAAUCGAUGAAGAAGAUUCAAGCGGAGAAGACGAUGACGACGAUGAUGACUUUGAUUUCAGCUUCUUAAAUGAAACCAAUGUCGAUUUGUCGGACCAGCCUCAUGUUAAUGGCACCGAAUCUUCAAGAAUUUCGGAUGAAGGCAUGUUUGAAGAAGAAGGUCUAUAACUGGUACAUGGCUCAGGUGGAACAAUGUUAUCUGUACAGUAGUUGGUAUAGAAGAGCGGAGCAGAGAGAGAAGCAGAGUUGCCCACGGCUAAUCCCAUUUUUGUUGCUUGGAGAUAUAGCAUAUAUAAUAUAUAGUUUCUCAAUCUUGUGAGGAAUUAGGUUGGGGUCCUGUUAAAUGCUGUUCAUUUCCUAUAACUCAAAAUUUAAAAUUACGGAAAAUGUAAAGGACAAGGGGAAGAAACAACAACAAAAAUUUAUGUUGGGAAUUACAA